CCCGCCUUUCUCUCCCUCUCUCGAAUCCUAGAUCUCUCUCUCUCUCUCUCUCUCUCUCUCUCUCUCUCUCUCUGUCCCGCGGAGUCCCCGAGAGAUCACCACUUCUCUACUAUGGCGUCUACGAGCUUCGUUAAGCUAAACGCCCUCUCUUCUCCAUGGAUCUCCCAGCGAUCGUUUGCUCACUCCUCUGCCUCCUCUCCUGCUCCUCGAGUCUCCUUUGCGAUCCGCGCCGGUGCUUACUCCGACGAGCUUGUUAAAACCGCCAAAAGCAUUGCAUCACCUGGGAGAGGUAUCUUGGCGAUUGAUGAGUCGAAUGCAACUUGUGGGAAGAGGCUCGCUUCUAUUGGGUUGGACAACACGGAGGAGAACCGUCAGGCUUACAGGCAACUUCUGCUAACCACCCCUGGCCUCGGCGAUUACAUCUCCGGUGCCAUUCUCUUCGAAGAGACUCUUUACCAGUCCACCAAGGACGGCAAGACGUUUGUCGAUUGCUUGCGCGAUGCCAACAUCGUCCCUGGCAUCAAAGUUGACAAGGGCUUGUCUCCACUGCCUGGCUCCAACGAAGAGUCUUGGUGCCAAGGGUUGGAUGGAUUGGCUUCACGCUCUGCUGAGUACUACAAGCAAGGCGCUCGUUUUGCCAAGUGGAGGACAGUUGUGAGUAUUCCUUGCGGUCCUUCAGCACUAGCUGUGAAGGAAGCUGCUUGGGGUCUAGCUCGCUAUGCAGCCAUCUCUCAGGACAACGGGCUUGUGCCUAUAGUGGAGCCAGAGAUCCUUCUGGACGGUGACCACCCUAUCGAGAGGACCUUGGAGGUUGCUGAGAAAGUGUGGUCGGAGGUGUUCUUCUACUUGGCGCAGAACAACGUCAUGUUUGAAGGCAUACUAUUGAAGCCGAGCAUGGUUACACCAGGUGCUGAGCACAAGCAAAAGGCCUCUCCAGAGACCGUUGCAGAGUUCACGCUCACCAUGCUCAAAAGGAGAGUUCCUCCUGCUGUUCCAGGGAUCAUGUUUCUGUCUGGAGGACAAUCUGAGGCGGAGGCUACGCUGAACUUGAACGCCAUGAACCAGAGCCCGAACCCUUGGCAUGUGUCCUUCUCCUACGCACGUGCCCUGCAGAACUCUGUGCUCAGGACGUGGCAAGGGAAACCCGACAAGAUCGAGGCCUCGCAGAAGGCUCUCUUGGUUAGGGCAAAGGCCAACUCACUUGCCCAGCUAGGCAAAUACUCAGCCGAGGGCGAGAACGAGGAUGCCAAGAAAGGAAUGUUCGUCAAGGGUUACACCUACUGAUUCUUUAAAUCUGGUCCCAACCCUAAACAGAUCGUAAUAAAGGACCCUUGUUGUCUCUUUUUGAAGUUUUUCCCUUUUAUUUUUGUUUGUUUUGUUUUUGUCUUUGUUUCCAUCCAUGAGAAGAACUCACACAAGUGACGAUGAUAUGUAUGUGAGAAAUUAAAAACAUCCUAAUCUUAUAUAUCGUUAAAGAUUUUAAAA